AUGUCUUCUACGCCUACCACCACUGGACCGAUCCCGGCUCCCACAAAUACGGUGAAUCCUCUCCCCGCGACACCUGCUGAGGCUGCCGCAGGAGUCGGCCCCGCCGCUUCGGGAACCGCAUUGGAUUUGCACACGCAGACUGAAGAUGCGGCAAAGGAAUACAAGAAUGCACAGAAGGCUGAGAAGGCUUACGCGCAGAAGAAGAAGUGCAUGACGGCGAGAAAGGAGUGGUAUGAUUGUAAAGUACACUUUGCAGCUGGAGUGCAGGGCUUCAGAGAGGGAGGCAAAUGUGUUGGACGGGUUGUCAAGGCCGGACCGGCUUUGGCGAUGGAGAAGGUUAAGGGGGGAAAGGGUCAGGGCGUCAAGACUGUGGAUAGUGGUGCUUCCGGAGAGAGUAUCAUGGUGGAGAAGGAGAAUGCUAAUAAGAAGAGUGGUAAUGGUGGUGUGAAAGCAAAGGUGAUGGGGUUGAAAGAGAAACUUUUGGCAAUGAAGGAGAAGAGGGCGAUGGAGAAACAGGCAAAAACUGAUGAGAAAACUGCCAUCGCCACUCCCACUGCAAGCGGAGCUGUAGGAGCAACACCAGCAGCAGAAGCUACGCCUGUUGUUCCUGUUCCUGUUGCUCCCGUCGCAGCUACCCCAGUCCCAAGUCCUACACAGACCAAACAGGAAAAAAAGAGAAUGACUCUGGAUCAGGUGAGACAUCGAAUUCUUUCCUAUCGUCACUCGCGUUUUUGUUCCACGUCAUCGGAAGAUGAUGACGAAGAGGUGAACGUCGCGCCUCGAAUUGCAGAGAAUCCAACAAGAAGAAGCCAAAGCGCUCGCGCGUCAGGAAGCGGAAGCCUCCGCGGCACACGCUACAGCUGCGACCGGCGAAACCCCAGUCGUGGCUCCCAUCCCAGCUCCGGCGCCCCCUCAAGGGCUAACUCCCAUCCAAACCACGCACACAUCAGCAUCGUUGGCGAACCCCCCGCAAUUACCUCCCAAGACACAGUUGAGCCCCCCCGGAUCCCCAACGAAGGGGACCAUGGAGCCGAUUCACGAGGACGGAGAGACGGGGGCCCUCCCAUUGGCGAGCGGGAUGCAGGGGCCGGUGGAAACGCAGAAUCCUGGGGUAGUUGGGGGAGGAGCACCGGCCGGACAGUAAGCGAAGGGGGAGAUGGGGGCGGCGAGGGCUUGAAAGCCAGAGUGGCGGUUAUGGUGCGAGGGAGAUUGCGAGGGGGUGAUGCGCGCGCGCCUGCUUUUCCAUGGUUUGCGGCGCACUAUGCAGAUGAGAGUGAGGAUUCGAGCGAGGAGGAGAAGAAAAGGGAGAAGAAAAUGCAUGCGAGAAUGGGAAUGGGAAUGGGAAUGGGAAUGGGAAUGAAAAUGAAAACGAAAACAGCAACAGCAACAGGAGCUAAAGAAUCAACGCGAGCACGAAUGAUGGGACAUUUUUCCAGGACGAACAAGACUGAUGCAGGAAUGAAUUAUAACGAGAAGAGAUUUCGCCGCCCGGGGAAGUUGGCGACGUUGCGCUUGAGAUGGAGUUUGUUUGUGUCGAAAGUGAGGGAUUGGGCGAGCGAUGCGAUGGGAUGGGUUGGGGUGUUGAUUAUGGAUUUUUUGGGGAGGGUGAGUGUGAUGGGAGAGGAAAUCAGCAAAAAGAUUGGUGGAAAGAAGGGGAAAAAGGAGAAGAAGGUUAGGUUUUCCAGGAGAGCGCUUUUCUAG